AUGUUCCUGCAUCAGCUCGACCUCACUACCGCACUGCGCCCGUCGCUCCUGCCGGAGGAGACGCUCCUCUUCGUCCAAGACGCCGUCGGGCUGUAUGAGGGGAAAUUCAAGAUACCCCAGUACCAGAAUGGCCAGUCGUAUUUGACUUCGCAUCGCGUCUGCUACGUCGACCAUAGCGAGCCACGCAAGAACUCUGUUGCCAUCUUCCUAAAGGAUGUCGAGAAACCAGAGUUUUAUGCUGGCUUUCUCAAGUCAUCGCCCAAGAUCACGCUAUAUCCGAAGCCUCUGAAGCAGUUGUCGCGCGGCGCGUCUGUACCCUCGAAUCCACAAGGCGCACCAUCAUCAACUCCGCCGCGACAUAGCAGUCCUGCGCCGCCACCUCCAGCGAGCGCGACCUGGGUGUGUCCGAUCUGCUCCUUCUCGAACCCGGUACCGUCCAAUUUCGAUCCCGCGCUCGCGUCACGUACUCCCAUACCGCCCUGCCUAGCAUGCGGAAUCAAGCCGCCUACAGUGCAUGUAGUCAAAGCAGCAAUAGCAGCCAUCUCAAAUAGACCAGCGCCUGGUCCGCCCCCCAAAGAUACAAAGAGCAGCGCUCCCACCCCUACAAGUAAUGGGGGAACGUCGUCAUGUCCAAGGUGUACCUAUCAGAACCAUCCGUCUCUGCUCAACUGUGAGAUAUGUGGUGCUUCGUUAACAACGGCCAUGGACAAAAGACUAGACAUACUUCAAGAGCCUAGUAGGCCACAAUCUCCGGGGCCAGUCUUGUCGUCACCUUUGCAGUCCGAGUCUGUCGAGUGUAUCAAGAUAUCUUUCCGUGCAGGUGGGGGACCCAUAUUCUACGAGCGCCUGAAGAAUGCUUUAGUCCAGCGCAAGUGGCUGCUUCAAAGCGCUCCACCGAUUCCAAAGCCACGGCCAUCAUCUGGUACAUUUGACGACAGCUAUAUGGCCAAGUCUGACGCCUCAUCGGCGGAUGUUGCCCGACCUCGCGUGGUCGGCAUUGCAGGGCUGGAGCGACGAGGCUUGGAGCAGAGGCAGAACAAUGAGGCCAUGAUAGGUAGCGCUUUUGAAGAUCUCGAUGCGCUUAUGACUUCUGCAAAGGAGAUCAUAGCCCUAGCGGAGCAAUUCGCCUCACAGGCCAAUCUAGGAACUAACGGCAGCUCAGAAGCCAACACUCUGGCAUCCCAGUCUGCUUCCGCACUCGGUUUAGUAACGACCAAGGACAUGCUCGGUACGGGGUCUGGGUCUGAGUCGCUAUACGUGUCAGAACUAUCAAGAAACCUGGCAGAAUGGCUGACGGACGACACUCGCGGCAUACUCAGAAGAGAGGGCGGUAUCAUGACAUUGGUAGACUUGUGGGCUGUUUUCAACCGUGCAAGAGGUGGUGUUGAGCUCGUCAGCCCUACGGAUUUUGAGAAAGCAGCGCGAAUGUGGGAUACAUUGAAGCUUCCCGUGCGCCUCCGGAAGUUCAAGAGCGGACUCCUCGUUGUACAAGGACGCGAUCGUACUGAUGAGAAGACUAUAGCAAGUCUACUGGCAUGGCUAAAGACGCUACAUCAAACGCCACCGAACAUGGAAGUCACUUGGGAUUGGCAAGCAUUUGGCAGAGGUGUCACGGCUCAAGAAACAGCGGAGAGAUUCGGCUGGAGCGUUGGUGUUGCGACCGAAGAACUGGAGAUGGCUGAAGAAGCAGGCGCACUGUGUCGCGAGCAGGGUAUUGAUGGGUUCAGAUUCUGGGAGAACUGGCUGGUCAACAUGUCGGAAGUCAUUGCCAACGCAUAA